CUUUGGGUGUUAUAAGGUUCAAAAUGACCUGGAGUUUCGAAUUGAUCGCCAAGGUGACAUCGUUGCUAUGCCUUGUUUUUACGAUCUCAGUGUAUCUUAUGGUUAAGAACCUUAGGAAUGUUCUAGGCAAGUGCCUUAUUAGUAGCCUGAUCUGUCUUGGCGUGUUUUGUUUUAUUACGGUUGCGAUCGAUUACAAUGGCGAUUACACUAUAUUUAUCGUUUUAUAUUUCUGGAGUACUGCUUAUCAUAUCUGGAACUAUGUCAUCAGUUUUCAUCUAUGGACCAUUUUAAGUUCGCCAAAUCGCGAUGAGCCUCGUUAUCAGUUCCUCAUAUAUAGUGCCUUUGUCUGGAUCGCCGCAUUUAUCUUUACUCUAGUCAUAUAUUUCAAGCAGAUAAGUGGCUAUGACCUACCCGCAAUUACGGAUCGAAAACCCAGACUUCGUUCCAAAUAUAAGUGGAACGAUUUAAAUGUCUUCACUAUUAUAAUGAGGCUGACGAUAUCGAUAAUAGCAGCAUGUAGUGUGAUAACUUUUUUUCGGACCUCAAUUUACAUAUGGAAAGUCAUGAGGAAAAUGAAUACGCUCACAGCCGAGGAGAAGAUGAUGACGAAUUUCCUGAAUUUCGAUAGUGAGACUAAUAUACAGUUUAUGUGGAUCUUUUUCAUUACGGGCAUAUUUUGGGUCCAGGAUGUCACUUGCUUGUUUUUGUCCUUUUUCUGUCCAAUGUGCACUAACAUAUUAUUGGAAAACUUUAUUUUAUACUUCGGCAUUCUCAUUUUUGUAAUGCUUAUUCCUAAGCGUAGCAUCGUGAAAAUGCUAAUGGACAGCAUUCGAAAAACGCCAAAGGAGCAGUGUGUCCGGGAAAGCAUCGGCUUAAAUAAUUUAAGUUUAAAACACUGAUCAUAAAUGCGAAUUUGUUUCCUCUACAUAGUUGAAAAGCUAAAAUAAAAGAAAACUAUUUUGGAAACUAUAAAUAUUUUUACCCUUGCAGAGGGUAUUAUAAUUUCAGUCAGAAGUGUGCAACGCAGUGAAGGAGACAUUUCCAACCCUAUAAAGUAUUUAAAAUGUAAUUACAACAAGAAAGGAAGCAAACUUCGGCAAGCCGAAGUUCAUAUACCCUUGCAGCUAUUGCAAUUAAAUAUUUUUGAAAACAUUAAAAUUAAGAUUUACUUGUGUAUAUGUUUAAAAACAUUGAAGCUAUGAUGAUUUG